AUGAUGUCCAAGCAACUGGAGGAACAGCGUGGGGAUUACACUGCGAUGGAAUCAGCAGCAAAAAGGGGGGAGGAAAAAACCCAAGGCGACGCCGCUCCUAGCAGGGAGGGAGCUGUGAUUACGCGACCUGCGGCCACAGGAGGCAGAGAGGGGUGGCUGGCUGGCGUCUCCCAAAAGACUGGGGAGCGGGCGGGAGCGCGCGCGCGAGGGGGAGAUGCGGAGAGUCGCCUCCGCCGAGCCCGCCCGCGCCCUGCCUCCUCGCCCGCCCUCCUCGGGGCCCCUCCGCCGCCGCCGCCCCCUGGACCCGGGCCGAGCUCCGGCCCCGCCGGGGGGGAUUCCGAGCCGGAGCCGCCCCCGUCGUUGCUGAGCGUCGACCUGGCCGGGCUGGCGUCGCAGUUCGCGCGGAGCUUCGCGCUCGUUUUCCCCGUGUACGUGCUGGGCUACCUGGGGCUGAGCUUCAGCUGGGUCCUCGUCGCCUUGGUGUGCCUCUUCUGGGUGCAGAGGCACCGGGGCGGAAAGAACUCCCGCCUCGACCGGGCCUUCGCCUUCCUGCAGGACGAGGAGCGGGCCGUGCGGCUGGCCGUCUCCUCCGGCGACCUGCCCGCGUGGGUUCACUUUCCAGACACAGAGCGAGCAGAAUGGUUGAAUAAGACUGUGAAACACAUGUGGCCUUUCAUUUGCCAGUUUAUUGAGAAACUUUUCCGUGAAACAAUAGAACCAGCAGUGAGAGGAGCAAACAGCCGUCUGAGCACCUUCAGUUUCACAAAAAUUGAUAUAGGCAAUCAGCCCCUUAGGAUUAAUGGUGUUAAAGUGUACACUGAGAAUGUGGAUAAAAGACAGAUCAUUUUGGAUCUUCAGAUCAGUUUUGUUGGUAACACUGAAAUUGACUUGGAAAUCAAGAGGUACUUCUGCAGAGCUGGUGUGAAGAGCAUACAGAUUCAUGGUACAAUGAGAGUUAUAAUGGAACCGCUUCUUGGAGACAUGCCCUUAAUUGGAGCACUCUCGCUGUUUUUCCUUAGGAAGCCGCUUUUAGAAAUUAACUGGACAGGACUGACCAAUCUUCUGGAUAUUCCAGGACUAAACGGUUUAUCGGACUCUAUAAUCCUAAAUAUUAUAUCGAAUUAUCUGGUGCUUCCAAAUCGGAUCACUGUUCCUCUUGUGAGCGAACUGCAGAUUGCACAAUUGCGGUUCCCCAUACCGAAGGGUGUACUACGAAUACACUUCCUUGAAGCUCAGGAUCUGGAAAGGAAAGAUACUUUCCUAAAGGGAACUAUUAAAGGGAAGUCUGAUCCUUAUGGAAUCAUUCGUGUUGGCAAUCAGAUUUUCCAAAGUAAAGUCAUCAAAGAAAACCUCAAUCCAAAGUGGAAUGAAGUUUAUGAGGCUUUAGUGUAUGAGCAUCCAGGACAGGAGCUGGAGAUCGAACUGUUUGAUGAAGACCCGGACAAGGAUGAUUUUCUAGGAAGUCUAAUGAUUGACCUAAUUGAGGUUGAAAAGGAACGCUACCUGGAUGAGUGGUUUACUUUGGAUGAAGUCUCCAAAGGAAAAUUGCAUUUAAAACUCGAAUGGCUCACAUUGAUGCCCACUGUAGAGACUCUUGACCAGGUGCUAAAAAGCAUUAGAGCUGAUAAAGACCAAGCCGAUGAUGGGCUUUCAUCAGCAUUACUUAUUCUCUAUUUGGAUUCGGCAAGAAAUCUACCAAAUAAUCCAUUAGAUUAUAAUCCAGACGCCUUGAAGAAGUCUGCUGUUCAGAAAGCCCUAAAGUCAGGAAAGAAAGUUAACAGCAACCCCAAUCCACUCGUCUCAUUGACUGUUGGAAUCAAGGAACAAACAAGUAAGAUUCGCUACAAGACCAAUGAACCUGUUUGGGAAGAAAACUUCACUUUCUUUGUUCACAACCCCAAGCGACAAGAGCUAGAAGUGGAGGUCAAGGAUGAUCAGCACCAGUGCUCCUUGGGAUAUUUCAAGCUUCCUUUAAACCAGCUCCUGGCAAGCGAAGAUUUAACUAUGCAUCAGAGAUUCCAUCUUAGCAACUCUGGUCCAAACAGCACUAUAAGCAUGAAGAUUGCACUCAGGAUCCUUUCUCUUCAAAGACAAGACAGGCCUGCAGACUACCAACACUCGGCCCAAGUGAAGAGGCCCUCUGUUUCCAAAGAUGGGAGAAAAGGUUCUUUCAAGCCUCAGAUCCCUGUUUCUUCGCCAGCUGACUCGAACAAGCCUGCCCCUGCUUCCACAGUAACAGACACUGAAAAAAAGAGUGAUGUGGUUGAAAAAAGUCAUCCCCCUAAUCCCAGUCCUCAGUGGCCAACAGAUCUCAGCAGGAGUUCCUCCAGCCUCCUGGCCUCCAAUCUGAGCUAUUCGCCCAGCCAUCUCUCCAUCAAAGAGCCUACUCCAAGUAUCGCCUCGGACAUAUCACUACCCAUCGCUACUCAGGAGCUACGGCAGCGACUAAGACAACUUGAAAAUGGCACAACAUUAGGACAGUCUCCGCUGGGGCAGAUCCAGUUAACAAUUCGUCACAGUUCACAAAGAAAUAAACUCAUAGUGGUGGUACACUCAUGCAGAAAUCUAAUCGCUUUUUCGGAGGAAGGAUCUGACCCAUACGUCCGAAUGUAUUUGUUGCCUGACAAAAGGAGAUCAGGAAGAAGAAAAACAAGUGUUUUUAAGAAGAAUUUAAAUCCGUUAUUUGAUCAAAGCUUUGAUUUCAGUGUUUCAUUACCUGAGGUGCAGAGGAGAACUCUAGAUGUAGCAGUGAAGAACAGUGGAGGUUUCCUGUCCAAAGACAAAGGGCUGCUUGGUAAGGUAUUGAUACCACUGGCUUUUGAAGAACUUGCCAAAGGUUGUACCCAGUGGUAUGAUUUGACAGAAGAUGGUACAAAGCCGCACGUCGCACCUUAGGCAGCUUUGGAUGCCAGAAGUUCCUGUUUAGCAUACUUUUUUGCCAACCUUUAUAUAUUUUAUCAGCAUUGUUAACACAGAUGUAACGAUAUUAUUUUUAUAAUGUUUAGUUAAUAGAUAUCCACCCCUCAACAGUUUUAUAACACCUGGACAUUUUAUGUAGGUUUGUCAGCUUAAUUAUUGAACCUUCUUUUCUUCAUUGGUUACAGCUAUUUUAAUGUGCAAUAGGGGUUAUAGAGUAACUGUUUCAGUGGAACCUUGUAUGGCGCUUGUGCCCUCAAUGGAAGUGAGAAGACAGUGUUCCUCUGUUUUGCCUCUCUUGUUUUGUAUCUCACUGAGGACUCUGCCAUGUAAAUAGAAACUAUUUUUUUAUCAUUCUUCCUCAACCAUUUGAAGGCAGAAGAUUAUAUCAACGAAAACUAGAUAUUUUCUUCUAAAUGCAUGCUACAAAUUUAAGACAAACUGGGGGGUGGGCUUUGCUGCAAGACAGUCUUAAUCUUACUAAUGUAAUCAAUUUCUUUUUUCUAAUCUGGGAGAAAAUUAAUGAAAUGGUUAGCCCAUAUAUUUCUUGCCUUAAUGGCUUGCAAAAGAGGAGAGUACAAAAUGUUAACUUUUUAAUAUUUAUAUAGAAAUGUGUUCUUGGAAGUUCACUCAGAUUAUUCAUAUAAAUCACAAAUUCAGAUAGUAUUAUAAGGAAAUCGAACUGAAAUGUAUUUAUAGAUACUGUAUAAAAAGAAGGUUAUCGAGAUCCUGAAAUCACAAUAUGGAUCUGGGAUCUCUUAUGAUGCAAAAGCAAAGACUAAUGUAGUACAUUGUUUUGUUAUGCACUUUUACAGUCAUCGUUUCAUGUUAGAAUUUAUUUACCCAACCAAUACUACCAGAAAUUUGUCUAUGCAAAAGAAGGAUCAAGAUGGGAUUUAUGGAUAAACCACCCCAGUAAUCUAAUAAUUGUGGUGGUGUCAAUUUGCUACAGGUAUGAAACCGGGUUUUAGCACAUCUGCUGUUAAUCUCCUAAAAUGCCAAAUGUCUGUUUUAAAUUGAAGCUCAAAUUAUAGAAAGCUAGCUUUGUGCUGACUAUUUCCACAGUUGCUUCAGUGCUGCUGAUUGUAGUGUUUGGAGCAGUACCUCUGUUUUGGGUCUGACUCAUUAAAAGCAGUCACAUUCCUUUUAAGCGCCACUGUAUUAUGCUGCAAGGACCAGCACCAAAGCAAUUCACAGGAAUGCCACCAAUAAAAACUCUGCCUUUGGAAGCUGAAACUGCAGAGAAAUUUUUUUUUUACGAAUUGCAUUAAACCAGCUUUUAACCUGGAAUGCAUUAAACCUGAAUAAUGCACUAUAGAAAGUGAGAGAGCCAUUUUAAAUCAAGUUUAUGUUCUGAUGGGGUUUCUUCCCCCCAUUGAAUUUUACAUACCUGGGAAACCCAAGAGCAGUUUGCAGGAAAACACCUAAGUGUUUUGACCAUUAUUUUUUUUAAUUAUUUUUUUAUUAUUCAUUGUCAUUUUCAGAAUGAAAUCAAUGGGACUUUGAUUAUAUCUACUUUUCUUUCAUUCAUCUUUUUGAACGUUUUUUUUUUCAGAUAGUUUUAACAAAAAUUGUACAUCUGUUUUUAACCCAAGAGAUGGUGCAAUUCCCUCUGCAGUUAGCAGUUUCACUACCUUGGGUAAAUAUGCAAUUGCUUUAAAAAAAAAAGUCACAAGAAGUUAGAGUCUUAGAAUGGCUUCUAGCCACAAAAAUUAAUUUUUAAAGAGUGAGUAAACUUCUGGAAUACUAGCUUUAUUACUAAACUUGGAGAACCUUAAUUGUAGCCUAGACCAUUGGUACAAUCCAUAGCAGGAACUUCUCCUGCACAAGCACUGUUGAGCUUGCACAGAAGACAUUUCUGUUGUGCCCUUUCUGCUACUGAGUAAACCAAAGUGCCUGUUACAAAUGUAGCACUGUUCAUGCCAAGUUCUAAAAACAAAUUCAUUUUUAUUUGUUGGGCUGUACUUCAACAUGACAUAUCUUUCCUUGUGUGUGUGUAAAUAUACACACACAUACACACACUACCGCCCCUUGCGUAAUAUCAGAGUUGUGGGUUUGUUUUUUUGUUUUGGGGUUUUUUUUGCUUAAGGCUUCACUAGGCAGACUUUUACAACUUCCCUGGGAUUUUAGUCUGUAUGUAACAUAAUUGGGCUCUAUGGAAAAAGCUAAUCAUAAACGUAAGCAAUGGUCAACAUGGUUCCUGUGUAUUCUUAACUGACACACGUGUAACAUCUGCUGAGUGAUGUGAUCACUUGUUAAUGAACACCAACAAAGAGUGGGAGCUGCUGUAAUCUAAGUUCUUGUUCUACAGAGACUUUUCUGACAGAUUAGAAAACAGAGGAUGCAGAAAAUGGGAAUCAAAGUAUCUAGGCCCACUAUUCUGACGUGGGCAAAAUGGCCAUCAGUAACAGAGAGCAUUGCGUGAUGGCACUUCAUUAUGCUGCAAUUCCUAAAUGGUUACUUUUGUUCCAGUAACAAGAGAGCUGGGGA